GACGUAUCAGCAGUCGAGCUGCUGAUUAACAGCCACCGUAGCGUCAAAGCGGAGAUAGACGCUCGCGAAGAGAAUUUCAGUAUCUGUCUGAGUCUUGGACGUACCCUGCUUAAUCGCCGCCAUCCUCGGCAGGACGAGGUCCGCGAGAAAUGCAUCCAGACUGUCCCUUAA